AUGAGGAGUUGCGAAGACGGCAGUGCACACCUUGGAAGUUGCGGUGAAGCCGCCGCUUUUCGAUCUCGGAGACUUUGCUCACGCGGAUAUGCACAACUCUCCAUUCUGCUCUUUUCUCGCGGUGUACUUUGCGUCUCCCAGGAAGAAGCCCUCUCCACGAGAUCUUACCCUUCCCCCGUCUCCUUGCGGGGAGCGGAUUUGCUGCUUGAUCAGCUGUACGGAUUGCUGCAGUGCCUCUUCAACAUUGGUGCGCUUCAGCGGCUGGCAACUCCCUGUCUGGAAGCUCUUGAAGCAAACACGAGGAACUGCGUGUGCAGCACCUUCCUUCCCUAUCUCUCUCCCCGCAACUCCGCUGCUUCGUCUGCGAAUGCCUUGAAGCCUCAUAGAAGCGAUCUUCUGCUGCAGGCUUCCUGCCUUCAAAGCAGUGCAGAUUCUUUCGCAAAUGCCAAGGCAGCACCAGCUGUAACAGUAGCAACAGCAACAGCAACAGCAGCUACAGCAACGGGCCCCCUGCAGGAAGCACAAGAAUUCUCUCCACUUCACGCUGACGACACGCAGUUAAAUAGUGACUCAGAAGACGGAAUAAACACGGAAGAACGCCAACAGCGACAACAAAGACUGGCUGCAAGAGACAGAGAGCAGACACGCACAUACUCUGUCCUUGAUGCAUAUGACGCAACAACAAAAUCACCACCAACAGAAAGCACUCCUGAGACUGCAUCCUUGACAGCCGGCCUAGCGAGAGCUCCACCAGGAUGUUUCAGCUCGAUCGACAGCUCUGAACACCCCCCCAGCACGCCACAAAGCUGUAGCAGCCUUCACAAUGCGGCAGCAGCAGACCUCUUUUGCGCAGACGCAUCGAGUGGAAAUACAGCAGCAGCAUCUGAUAGUCGGCUACUGUGGCAUCGCACUGAAGGACCUCUCUUUCGACCACCACUGCCACGAUCAUGGAGUAUCCUCAGACAGGAGUCUGGCAGAAUUCACGCCAUGUCUCUGGAAUGCGCUGGGCAGGAGAGUCGACAGGAGAAGUAUUUCACUCCGCUUAUGCUCGUUAGAGCCUUCAAACGACUGGAUGCAGUGUACAGGCUUUCUUCGAGGUCGUUCGCCCCCCCCUCGCGCAACGAGUGCCGAAAUCUCCUCAAUUUAGCGCAGAUUUUUGCGAGCCGCCAGCGGCUGCGGCUGUUGACGCUCGAUGGUGACGAGACACUUUAUCCUAAUGGAGAAAACUUUUGCCACGAGGAGAUGGGUCGUAAUAUUGCACAGCUCCUGAGGAAGGGGGUAGCUGUGGCAGUCGUUACGGGUGCAGUCAGGAGAUUACCUCCCUUGCCGCUGAAAUGUUUACCUCCUGCUGCACUGCCUGUAGGCUACGGAUACGAGGCUGAAAAGUAUGCAGUCCGGCUGGGAAUCCUCUUGACUAUUUUCGCACAAGAACGUCUGCCUCCCAAAGCAACCAGGAGAUUUUUUCUCAUGGGUGGAGAAUCUAAUUAUCUCCUUCGCUUGUCUUCCAGUCUCAAGCUGGAACCAGUUCCGGAGGAGCUGUGGAGGGGUUAUAGACCUCCGAUCGAAGCGGCAGACUGUGAACGUUUGUUGGACGUAUCAGAGAGGAGUUUGGUGCUGCUUUCAAAGGAUCUUGGUCUCGAGGGUAAUGUCAUUAGGAAGCAAAGAGCAGUGGGAUUGGUUCCAAGAGACGACGCAACAAACAAAGUUCGUUUCGGAUGCGUGGAUAACAAGGGGAUGCACAAAGAAAGCCUAGAAGAAGGCGUCAUGCGUGUCAGACGAGACAUUCGCGCGGCUUUUGGAGGGGACUGCCCGGUUCCCUACAGUGUCUUUACAGGAGGAUGCGACAUUUGGGUAGACGCUGGAAACAAAGCCGAAGGCGUAGCCUUGCUUCAAGGGCUUUUAAAACUCAAACCUGAGCACUGUCUCCACGUGGGAGAUCAGUUUGACCUCGUUGGGAACGACCUUGCUGCAAGGAUCUGUUCACCAACCCUCUGGAUUCGCAAUCCAAAGGAGACAGCAGCAGUCAUUUGGGAGCUGCUGCAAGCGGACUCCGAGAAUGAAGAAGAGAGCAGUCCAUAG